AUGAUACAGGUUCCAUUAAGUAGAAAAAUAAAUUUAGGGUAUCGACAAAAACCGUUAGGGGAGUAUAUAUGUGAACUUGAUGAUAUUUAUGAUAUUGAUGUUCUUGCCCUGAAUGAAGUUUUUACAAAAUCAGCUUAUGAAAUGUUUACUACCGGUGAAAUAAGAAAACGAUUUCCUUAUUAUACUAAAAUAUUAGGAGAUAAAACAAAAAGUAAAAUUACAGAUGAAGCUGUUAGUGAUGAUGAUGAGGAGGAGGAUGAUUUAUUUAGUAAACAUAUAGAACGUGAUAUAAAAGAAUAUGUUUCAAAUGAUUGUUGUAAUGACGAUAUAUAUAAUGAAAAUAAAGAAAACAGACACGAAUGCGAAUGCAAUGAUACUGAGUCAGAAAAUAGUAAAAAUGAAAUAAAAAAUGAAAAAAAAUGUACAAAUUCAAAUGGUAAACUUUGUAAUGAUACUGAAACUAAUGCAAAUAACUCUUUACGCGAGGUAGAUAAAAAUAAUAUCACACACUCAGAUAAAUCAAUUAAAAAUAAUAUUAAUUCUGUAAAUAAACUCAAUAAUAUAAAUGGGACAAACAAAGAAAAAGAUGAAAUAAAUCGAAAAAUUGCAUCCACUGAUAAUAAAAAUUGUGAAUCAUGUGAAGGAGAAAAUAAUAAAAUAAAUGGCAAUAGUAUGGCAUUAUCUCCUUCCCCCAUACUUAAUAAUGCCAAAGAUUCCAUGAAAAAAGAAAAAAAAGAGAAAAAUGAAAAAAAAAAAAAAGAAAAAAAAAAAAAAGAAAAGAAAAAAAAAAAAUACAAGGACCCCCCACCAUUCGAUUCUAUUUCAGGAGGGCUCAGAUUCCGUCAUUUUUUAAGCGGAGGUAUAAUAAUUUUGUCAAAACAUGAAAUAACACAGAAGCAUGCAUUAAUAUUUGAAAAUUGUAAAUUCCCUGAAAUGUUUAGUGCAAAAGGAGCUAUAUAUAUAAAAGUUAAUAUAAAAAAUCGUUCUAUUAAUUUAGUAUCAACACAUUUACAUUCCGGAAAUAGUAAGGGGGAUCAAAAAUGUAGACGUAAACAAAUAGAUGAAUUAAGUAAAUGGGUAUAUCAAGGUCCUCCAAGUGAAUUUAUAAAAAAAGGAGAACCAUUAUUUUUUGUUGGUGAUUUUAAUAUAAGAUAUAUUAAAGAUGAAAGUUUUUUUAAAGAAGUAACAUCAAGUAAAUAUUUAAACUGUACAGUAACAAAUAAAACACUAGAAACAACUUUUGAUUCAUCUAUUAAUGAUUAUUGUGAAUAUGGUGAAGAUGAUUAUGAUCAUAAAUACAUUGAUACACUAGAUUAUAUUUUAGUUUCUAAUGAUUCAAAGGUCACAACUAUAAUACCCCAAACAGCCAUACAAUGUGGCUAUAAACCUAUAUCUAUAUUUAGAACUAUUUUAUGUUGUAUACCAUACAAUAAUAUAAAUAUACAUCAUCCUAGUGAUCAUUUUCCCAUAUAUGCUACUUUCAAAUUACCUGAUAAUAAUUAG